AUGCUUAUAUCCUAUCAAAACUAUCCUCUUCUCUUCCUUCAAUCACGCUCUCUCUCAAACAUAGAUCUCAUCAUUGGAGCGGAUCACUAUGGGCAAUUACUUCAACCAGACAUCAUUAAAGGAACGGAAUCAUCACUCACUGCUCAAAAAACACUCUUUGGUUGGGUCAUUCUUGGACCUGUCAAGGUUUCCUCACCACAAGCUUGUCAAUCUUAUCAUCUCUCGGUCAAUCAUGAACUCAAUGAUCUACAAGACCUUCUUACUAAAUUUUGGGUUCAGGAGGAAGUACCACUCAAGGAAAAGGACUCACUCACACCGGACGAAUUAGAGUGUGAAACUCAUUUUCAAAAUACUCAUUCACGGGACUCAACUGGAAGGUACAUCGUACGACUACCACUUAAUCAACCUGCAAGUCAACUGGGCGACUCACUACUUACUGCUCAACGAUGUUUAAAAUCAAUGCUCAAUCGGAUCUUAAAAAAUCCAAUUUAUGGGGAUCUCUAUCAUGCUUUUCUCAAAGAGUACGAAAAGGACAAUCAUAUGGUUCGUGCUCCAUCAACUGAUCAAUUAUCACAAGUGUACUAUCUACCUCAUCACGGCGUACUCAGGGAACAAAGUACAACCACAAAGUUAAGGGUUGUAUUUAACGGAUCAAGCUCAACCAGCUCAGGUUACUCUCUCAAUGACAUUCUUCACACAGGGGCGAAACUUCAAAAGGAUAUUUCAGACGUGCUACUCUGGACCAGAAGGUUCAAAUACAUCUUCUCAACAGACAUUACAAAAAUGUUUCGUCAAAUCAAGGUCCAUCAACUUGACUGGGAUCUUCAACGGAUUUUAUGGAUAGAUAGCAAUCAACAGGAGGUACCAUAUCAACUCACGACUGUCAGUUACGGGACGAAAUCAGCACCUUUUUUGGCAGUUCGUGCAAUUUUGCAACUUAUUCAGGAUGAAGGUCAUUUCUUUCCUCUAGCGGUACCUGUACUCAUCAAUGGUAGAUAUGUAGACGAUAUUUACGGCGGAGCUGAUCAACUCAAGGAACUUAUUCCCAUUGCUCAACAAACGGAGGAACUUCUCAAUCGGGGAGGCUUUCCAUUAGCCAAAUGGCAAAGCAAUCAUCCUGAUUUGGUUAAAAUCAUUGCACCUGGACAAAUUUCAUCACAAACUCAUUUAUUUGAAAGCAAUAUCACAAAGGUACUUGGUCUCUCAUGGUGCACUCAAGAUGACUGUUUCAAGUUCACAACACAAAUCUCUACUCAAUCUAUGGAACGGAUUACUAAACGAUCUAUACUCUCAGAAGUGGCUCAAUUGUUUGAUCCACUUGGAUUUCUUUCACCUUUCACUAUUCGGGCUAAGAUAUUAUUACAGGAACUCUGGCUCGAAAAAAUCGGAUGGGAUGAAUUAAUCUCGGAAUUACUCAUCAAAAAAUGGCUCAAAUUCAAAAGGGAAUUUUCUCAACUAUCAACAAUCUCAAUACCUCGAUGGCUUUAUCUCACAUCAUCCUCAACGGUGGAACUUCACGGAUUCUCGGAUGCUUCUCAAUUUGCAAUGUCAGCAGUCAUCUUUAUCAAAUCAACAGAACUAGGACUCAAACCACAAAUCAACCUCAUCUGUGCAAAAACCAAGGUUGCACCACUCAAACGGAUCACCAUUCCAAGGUUGGAACUCACAGCAGCGCAAUUAUUAACAAGACUUAUGGCUUACACUCAACGGUCGCUGGAUUUACCACAUGUACCGGUCUUCAUGUGGACAGAUUCUCAAGUGACUCUAAAUUGGAUCCAAAGUCACCCAUCACGUUGGAAAGAUUAUGUUCGGAACAGGGUUUCAUUCAUUCAAGACCAAUUACCUCAUGCUCAAUGGCGGUUUAUCAAGGGUAAGGAAAAUCCAGCAGAUUGCGCAUCAAGAGGUUUGGCAAUCUCACAACUAAAGGAUCAUACUCUCUGGUGGAACGGACCCUCUUGGCUAUCGGACUCAUCGGAUCAAUGGCCAUCCCCAAAGCUCAAGGAAGAUUCAUCAGCUCAACUCGAAGAGCGGCCAGGACUCUCUCUCAUGGUUUCAACAGAUCCUCAUUCUCAACUCUGGGAUUUAAUAGAGCGGUACUCAUCCAUUAAACGACUGUUGAGAAUUACCUCAAUCUGUUUCAGGGUCAUAAAUACUCUCAAACAAAUUCCACAAUCAUCUCUGGCAACUCCACUCACUCCUGGCGAUCUCAACAAAUCACUUCUUUACUGGGUUCGAGUCACUCAAGCGGCAUAUUUUUCAAUGGAAUUGAACAACAUCAACAUGGAUCGAAAUCUUCCAUCUGCUCAUCCUCUCACUCGUCUAACUGCAUAUAUCGACAACCAAGGAAUACUCAGAGUUGGCGGACGACUCAGGCAUUCAAACUUCGAUGUGGAUUACAAAAACUCCAUGAUUUUACCAAAACAAUCAGCUCUCACCACUCUCAUUAUCUCAGAAGCUCAUGAUCGAACUUUACAUGGUGGAACACAACUCACUUUAUCUCACAUCAGACAAAGGUUUUGGAUCAUCGGUGGACGACAAGCAGUAAAAUCUUACAUUCUCAAAUGUGUCAAGUGCGCACGUCAACGAGGAAUUCGUGCUCAACAACUCAUGGGACAACUGCCUCUGUCAAGGAUCACACCUUCCCGACCAUUUCUCGCUACUGGCGUUGACUAUGCUGGACCUAUCUCAGUCAAGGCUUGGAAGGGAAGAGGUGCCAAAUCAGAAAAGGGUUGGAUUUGCAUCUUCGUGUGUUUCUCAACAUCAGCUAUUCAUUUGGAAGCGGUAACAGACUAUUCAACAGAUGGAUUCAUGGCUGCAUUUAGACGAUUCACUGGUCGGCGAGGUAUCUGCCACACUCUUUACAGUGAUUGUGGUAAAAAUUUCAAAGGGGCAGAAAACGAACUCAAGCUACUCUUUCAGGCUGGGACUCAAUCAUAUAAGGAAUUAUCUCAUCUUCUGACUUCUGAUGGAACCACAUGGAAAUUCAAUCCUCCAGCGGCAUCUCACAUGGGUGGAAAGUGGGAAGCGGGCGUCAAGUCAGUUAAAUUUCACCUUCGGCGGACAAUCGGCGAGACGAUUUUAAGCUAUGAAGAAUUUACGACUCUUCUAGUACAGAUCGAGGCGGUGCUCAAUUCUCGUCCUAUGGAACCACUCUCGGAUGACCCUGAAGAUUUCUCAGUUCUCACGCCAGGCCAUUUUCUCAUUGGAAAUUCACUCACGACAAUCCCAGAACCAUCUCUCAUUGAUACUCACAUCUCAGUUUCAUCUCGAUGGAAACUCAUUCAACAAAAAUUGCAAUUUUUCUGGUCAAAGUGGUCUGCAAACUAUCUUCAACGGCAACAAUCAAUUUCAAAAUGGCAUCACCCCUCAAAUCAACUCAAAAUUGGUUCUAUGGUAUUACUCACUGACGAGAGGUUUCCUCCCGCUAAAUGGCCUCUUGCUCGCAUUUUGGAACUUCAUCCCGGAAAGGAUGGACUCACGAGAAUUGUCACUAUCAAAACAGCUACAUCAACACUCAAACGGCCAAUUCAUAAAUUGGCUAUUCUUCCCAUCUCAGUGGACGACAAUUCAACUUCGGAUGGAGAUUCAUCGUAA